GUAUAGUUUGUCGAUGGCUCUUUUUUUUAUGGCGGUAGGCGCCUAAUAUUCACAUUUGUUUAUCUUGAGGUGUACGCAAAAAAACCUUUUAUACAUAAUAAACAAAUAUAGUUUAUGUAAAAGAAUAAAGUUCUGCCAUGGAAGAAGAUACAAAUUGUAUCAGCCUACUUGUUAUAGUGCUAGAUACAAAUCCAUCGCUUCGUCUAUUGCGCCAAAAUCCUCAGUAUCUUACACAAUUAAUAGAUUCCACGAUUGCUUUUGGAAAUACUCAUUUAAUGCAGAAAACUCAAAAUAAACUAGCAGUACUUUCAUGUCAUCACAAUGCGAGUGAAUACCUUUAUCCUGUAACGAGUCCGAUGGAAUUUCGACAAGUCGAUGGUCAAUACGAAGCUUUUACUCUAGUCGAGAAAACCAUAAAACAAAGAUUAUGCUCAAUAAUGAACUCUGCCCCAAAGAUCACAACACUAUGUGAGUCAAAGCUUGCGGGAUGCAUGACUCUUGCAUUGUGUCACAUCAAUAAUGUCCUACGACAUAAGGAUGACAAUAUCAAUAUUAAUUCGAGAAUCUUAGUCAUAACGGGAAGUAAUGAAUGUGCAUCACAAUAUCUAACUUACAUGAAUGUAUUUUUCACUGCAAGAAAGUUGAAAAUUGCAUUAGAUGUUUGUGCUAUUGACAAAACGUUAAAACUGUUUCAACAAGGCUGCGAUAUUACAGGUGGCCAUUACUUAAGAUUGCCUCAAAUAGAAGGAAUGUUGCAGUACUUGCUUUGGGUGUUUUUGCCAGAUCCACAAUCAAGAAAAAAACUGGUGCUUCCUCCAGUUGAGAAAGUUGAUUAUAGGGCAGCUUGUUUCUGUCAUAGAGAAGUUAUAGAUAUUGGAUAUGUUUGUUCAGCAUGUUUAUCAAUUUUCUGCAAGUUUAGUCCAAUCUGUACAACAUGCCACACCGUUUUCAAAACACCUCGUCCUCUUGCUCUUAAAACAAAAAAAAGGAAAAAAUUCUAAAUAAAAUAAAAACAACAACGUAACAGCAAUAAAAUUUGUCGUUAAUUGCUUUUAAAAUGGCGGAUUUAAAAAUCAGUGCUUUCAUACACUUUUACAAUUUGAUUGGGUUUUUGUUUAGUAAUUCUUAAAACUGUCCGGAAAUUUUCGAUUAAAAAUGCCAAUCGAAUAAAUUGUAUUUCUUUUUCCGAUUCUGCA